AUGUCCAUCACUAAAGUCUACAUAGUAUAUUAUUCAAUGUAUGGCCAUGUUGGGACCAUGGCAAGGCAGAUUCAGAAAGGGGCUAAUUCGGUUGAAGGAGUUGAAGCAACCCUUUGGCAGGUGCCGGAGACUUUGCCGGAACGGAUUUUGGAGAAGAUGAAGGCUCUCCCAAAAUCAGAGGAUGUUCCUGAGAUUAAGCCAGAGCAGCUUGUUGAAGCUGAUGGUUUUUUAUUUGGUUCUCCUUCUCGUUUUGGUAUGAUGGCUGCCCAAGUUAAGGCCUUUUUUGAUGAUACUCAAGGGAUAUGGGCAACUCAAGCACUUGCUGGUAAGCCGGCCGGAAUUUUCUGGAGCACCGGUUUCCAUGGAGGUGGCCAGGAGCUUACUGCAUUAACAUUUAUAACUCAAUUGGCGCAUCACGGGAUGAUAUUUGUUCCUCUUGGUUAUACAUUUGGGAAGGGGAUGUUUGAGAUGAAUCAAGUUAAAGGUGGAUCUUCCUAUGGGUCGGGAACUUAUGCUGCAGAUGGUUCUCGUCAGCCUACCGAACUAGAGCUCGAGCAAGCAUUUUACCAUGGAAAGUAUGUUGCUGAAAUUACAAAGAAGCUCAAGAAUCCUUCUCCUGCAUCAUGA